AUGAGAAUAUUAAUAUUGGGUUUAGAUGGUGCUGGAAAGACGACAAUUUUAUAUAGGUUACAAGUUGGAGAAGUAGUCACUACGAUUCCUACGAUAGGAUUUAAUGUAGAACAAGUCACUUAUAAAAACUUGAAAUUUCAAGUUUGGGAUCUCGGUGGACAAACUAGUAUAAGACCUUAUUGGAGAUGUUAUUAUUCAAAUACUGAUGCUAUUAUAUAUGUGGUAGACAGUGCAGAUAGAGACAGAAUUGGAAUUAGUAAAGAAGAAUUAUUACACAUGUUAAGAGUAAGUAUUCACAUAUAA